AUGGCCUCCGCUUUUCACAGGUGCCAGUAUUGUGGCUACGAGACAGAUCUCUCAAACAAUCUGGCAGCCUUUGAAGAGAACCCUCAUUGCAGACAGUGCGGACUAUCGGCAUUCGAGAGCGACAUCAAGAUGCAGGAUGAUUUGAUCAAUAUGAUGGCACGCAACCUGCACCUCGGCCCUCUCCAGUCUCCGCCAGACCUGUCAAUGCCUCCGACGCCCCAAGUCGUCCCACAGUCGACGCCGAUCACAUAUAUCACACAACACUAUCAUCAUUCAGCACACCAGGCACCAAACGAUCUUCCUGUCUCGACCAUCCUCGAACGAUCCGGCAUCAAUGCCUCUGCUUUGUUCCCCUCGCAGUUGCAGUUGUUCAAGAACGCAGAGCCUGAACAAAGGUUGAGGCUGAUCGAACUUUGGCAAAUCGCCCCUCCAACGUACGGUAGUCAGAUGCACCCUGAUGAUUUGGCAAAUUGGCCGCAGACAAGCAUGGAAAGAGAAGAAGAAGCCGCCAAGUAUCGGUUGCAGUUGGUAGAACAAGAGAAGUUGAAGAAUCUAUGUGCUCUGCCUGCUGGUGAGAUCAGACAGACGGCUGAGCCGUAUAUACUACAUGGCUACGAGGCACGGCCAAGCAUAAACGGAGUGACAGCCUCGACCGAGCUAGGGCCCCUCAUGAUGAAAGAGGAUAACUACCAACAAUCGAAGGAUCCGGUAUACAAUAGCCGAGAAUGGUGGCAUCUGUCCGAUGAGGAGCCUAUGGAACACCAGUACGGCAUGCUCCAGCAGAUGUAUGGGUACGGAAUCGACUAUUCGGUUGCUAGACGCAGUGAUGGGGAUUCAGAGAUGUCUUGA